CCGCCGCCGUGACAAGAUGGCGGCGGCGCGGCGGGCGCAGCUGGUGCUGGGGCACUUGGCCGGGGCCGCGCCGGGCCCGGGGGCCGCCCCCAGGGCCGUGCCCUGCUCCGGCGGCUCGCCGCGGGCCGGCAGCCCCGACGAUGUGGUGGUGGUGCACGGCCGCAGGACCGCCAUCGCCCGCGCCCGCCGCGGCGGCUUCAAGGACACAACACCUGAUGAGCUGCUGGCUGCUGUGAUGACAGCUGUCCUUCAGGAUGUCAACCUCUGUCCUGAGAUACUGGGAGACAUCUGUGUGGGGAAUGUGCUGCAGCCUGGAGCUGGUGCCUUGAUUGCAAGAGUUGCACAAUUUCUAAGUGGCAUUCCAGAAACAGUGCCGUGCUCCAGUGUGAACCGGCAGUGCUCCUCCGGGCUGCAAGCCAUUAUCAACAUAGCUGGUGGCAUCCGAAAUGGAUCGUAUGACAUUGGCUUGGCCUGUGGAGUGGAAACAAUGUCCCUCAGAAGUGCAAAUAACCCUGGUGAUAUAAGUUCCAACAUGAUGGAUAACCCCAAAGCUCGAGAUUGCCUUAUUCCUAUGGGAAUAACCUCAGAAAAUGUGGCAGAGAAGUUUGGAGUUUCUCGGACAAAGCAAGAUGCCUUUGCCUUGGCUUCCCAACAAAAAGCAGCAAAAGCUCAGCAGAUGGGGCUGUUUAAAACAGAGAUUGUUCCAGUGAAGACCACUGUUGCAGAUAAUGAGGGCAACAAAAAAACAAUCACUGUGCACCAAGAUGAAGGGAUCAGGCCUUCCACAACGCUGGAAGGCUUGGCAAAGCUGAAACCUGCCUUCAAAGAGGAUGGAAGCACUACAGCAGGGAAUGCCAGCCAGGUCAGCGAUGGAGCAGCUGCUGUUCUCCUGGCAAAACGCUCCAAGGCAGCACAGCUGGGACUGCCAGUGCUGGGGGUGCUGAGGUCCUUUGCUGUGGUGGGGGUCCCACCUGAUGUGAUGGGCAUAGGGCCAGCCUAUGCCAUCCCUGUUGCUGUGGAAAAGGCAGGUCUGACUCUGAAUGACAUUGAUAUAUAUGAAAUUAAUGAAGCCUUUGCAAGCCAGGCUGUGUACUGUGUUGAAAAGCUGGGCAUUCCCAUGGAGAAGGUGAACCCCCUGGGAGGAGCCAUAGCACUGGGACACCCCCUGGGCUGUACAGGUGCUCGGCAGGUCGUCACUUUGCUCAAUGAACUGAAGCGCAGAGGGAAGAGAGCCUAUGGAGUCGUGUCCAUGUGCAUUGGAACUGGCAUGGGCGCUGCAGCCGUGUUCGAGUACCCGGGGAAGUGAGCUCCAGUGCUGGCAGAACCACCACAGCUCUCUCUGCCUCCCCUAGCAGUGAUUGCCACUGAAAUCAAGUGGCUUCUGGGAUUUGUUACUAGAGCUACAAAUUUUAGGCAGAAAUUGUGAAAUAGAAUUAAUGGUGCAGUUCUGUGAAGAAGGUGAACUGGCACAUGGCUUCCUGGCAUAAGAAAUUAACUCAGCUGAAAUUCAACUACAGUCCCUGGUAUGGUGAUUAUGAAUGAAUAUUUUUAAUUUAAUUGAUCUCUUUACUCUGUGAAUAUUACCAGAGGGAAAUAGUUCAUGGGACAGUAUUUUUGUAUGACAAAUUGGCAGAAGGAGUCACUCAAAAUGAAGACAUCGGUCCACGUGAAAAGACUUUUCCAGCAUUUCCUUAGAAGGUUUCUCCAUUUUGUAAGAAGUUUAAAGAGCUUGUUUUGAAGCAAAAACUUGACAUCCUUGCCUUUACAACUGUGUCUGUCCUAGCCCAGGCAGAAGUUGUCUGUGUCUUAAAUUGUCCCUACACUGGAGGAUGGGCUGUAGCUCGCUGCUCGUGGAGCUGCUUUGAAGCCUCUUUGCAGUAGGGGAAAGUGGAAGGACUGGAACAUAAUUUCCACAGGAAGUGUCUGAAUGGAAAGGUUCUGUUGAAUUGCUAGAAGCCAGGAUUUGGAUGUGGCCAUUCCUUCUUUUACAUGUCUGAGUAUCAGUUUGUGUGACUCCAAGGACAAUCUGAUGCUUAAUCAUAUUUACUUACCUAACAUAAAGCAAAUAGCAGCAUUACAUUUACUGCAAGCACUACAUGAACAUCAGUGACAGCUCAGUCCUUCAGUGCUAAUACAAACGUGCUAUUGUGUGUCUUUUGUUAUCCCUUAUUUCUCCUCUUGCCUGAACAGGAAGAUCACUGAAACUCAGCUAGAAAAAGAAAUUUACUCAUUGCUGCUUUGAACUCUUAACAAACUGAAGUUCUUUGUCCUGACUUUUGUUUUUGCACUUAAUAAUACAAUUGGGUUCUUACAAUACAUUUGUUUCCUUUUUAUGAUGAUUUUUAGUUGAAGGUUAUGAUGAGUUAGAACUCAUUAUUUUCAUAGUCCCAUGCUGUAGCCUGUCUCACCCAGCAAUCACACAGGCCCCGUCUUAGAGCCAAAAAAUUGAAUUAUUUAGAGGGGAUAAUGAGACAUUUAAAAAAGCCUUUUAUUUAAUGGGAGUGGAAAAUUUAGCAGACUUAGAAGUGGGAAUUCCAAUGACCUUUAGCUAAAAUAAUACUAAAAUAAUUUAAAGAGAAGUGAGAUUAAAUGGGAACCAUGUGAGGCGAAAGAAUGAAAAGGAAGAAGGGUUCCUCCCUCUUGCUGAAGGGGGUGUUCUCAAGGUCCAAACAUGAUGAAACACACAGGCUGGUAAUUUUCCAAGGAGACCAGGGAAAGUUGACUCUUCCCCUUUUUAUGUAAGGCACUGAGAAAACAGCCUGGGAAAUGCUGGCCUAUUCACCAAUUCUUACUUUAUUACGUGUCAAUGUCCAUUUUAAUGUCAAACAAAUAAAUGAGCUAAAACAAAAGCUA